AUGCAGCCACUGGACAUAAAUGAUCAAGAUGUAUACCUAGACCACGCUUUUCGGUACACGAUCCUAGAUUUGAGCGACUCGACCACAAACACAAGGUUUUGGGUUGACUUCCUUCCUCGCUCCUUGUCACAUAUCGAGGCAAUACGCUUUGCCUUGGUAGCACUCGCAGCUGCGCACGUUGACUUCAUUACACGAAAAACGGAUGGAUGCAGCUCAUUAGCAGCUACCAAGCACGAGCGGUCUGCCAUACUAUACUAUAACCUGGCUAUCCGGCAUUUGCAGCCUCUCUUGUCCAAGGCAACGCCAGAAAACACCGAAGCUGGUUUGGCUUGUUGUAUCUUGUUCAUUUGCCUCGAGAAUCUUCGCGGACGAUACGCCGAGGCACUUAAGCACUUACAAUCUGGAGUGGAUUUGCUUGUAUCCAUGUUGGUCUCCGGCUCGGAGCGUUAUUGUUUGACCACCCGCAGAGGCCGUGUGCCAGUGGCUCUGUAUAAAGCAAUUUCAUCCCAACGCCAAUACAGGCAAACCCUAGGCCAUGUCUUUGUCUUGUUCUGCCGCCUCAGUCUGGAGACGCAUAUACUUACCGACAAUGAAGUGACUUCGCUGACGACCGUCUCACAAGCCAACCCAGACCUGAGCCGAGCCGAGCUGGAGUCGCUUGCGCCCAUCACGACAUUAGAUGCUGCUAGAGAUGAACUCCACUCGUUUGAGAUUUCUCAUGAUAUUUUCUAUCAACAGACUUACAGCAACAUCAGAAGCAGGCCGUCAUAUACUAAUGCGACACCCACGCAGCAGCCUGAGUGCUUUUUGACGCGGUUCAGUGAGAAUGACAAGACCGCUUAUCAACAUUUAUACAAGCAGUUUUGGCAAUGGAGCAUUCGUUUCGAUCGGUACUUGGUCGAACGCCAUGCACAUCCAAGGUCGUCACAGGAUCUAUCUAAAAUAUCCAAGAUACGCCUUCUACAGAAAACGUGGAUUGCCAUACUAGACGAAGAGCCAUGGAGGUUCAGCGGCCAGAGUGCCCCCAUACUUGGCGUCUUGGAUGAAUUUCUGCCCGAAGUUGAGUCAAUCAUCAAGUUAAGGGGUCCGUCCUCCCGGCGCCUCUUCACUUUUGGCGCCGAUGUUAUACCCUAUAUAACACUGGCCGGGUGUCUGACAGAGGACUUGGGAUUACUGCGGCGAAUUAUUGCCGCCCUCAAGCUGCUCGAUCGAAGAGAAGGAUUCUGGGACAGCAAUGAGAUUGCCGAGAUCUUUGAGGCCUCCAUCUUGGCACGCGCAGAGCAUGGAGCGAAUAUUACAGGAAGCAGGGGCAUCUUGCAAAUGGCCAGUGAUCUCUUAGCAUUAGAUACCCGAUAUCUCUCGCCGACCAACUCCAUCUCUCUAUUAGCCAAAAAUACCGAGUCAUAG